AAAGGUGAUGUCCCGCAAUAAGACCUUUUUUGAUCGGCAUAUCACCACUUCCGAACUUGCCGUAGGCGACAGGGUCCUUGUUAGAAACGUCCGACUGAGAGGAAAGCAUAAAUUGGCUGACAAAUGGGAACCUGACAUAUAUGUAGUGGUAAAGAGGGCUGGCAACCUCCCUGUUUACACUGUAAAACCAGAGAACCAGGAUAAACCUCUCAGAACACUCCAUCGUGAUCUUUUAUUGCCUUGUAAUUACAUAGCUGAACAGAGCCCUGUAAAAAACUUACCUGUGAAGAGGAAAAAGUACCUGCCUGUGAACUUACCUGACCCUGACAAUGAAGAUUUAUCAGAAGAGAUCAUCUCACCUUUGUAUGAUCCGUCUUCCUUCGAACCUGUGAAAUUCAUCACUGUUGUUGAUUCACCAGUACCUCCUGUCCAGCAACCUGUUCCACCUGCAGACCUACCUGAAGUUCCUGAUCAACCCCCAUCCUCUGCUGCAGAAGAGGAACAGGAGCUCCCAGUCGUCACAGAGGAACCAAAGGAAUUUCAACCUGUGGACAGAGAGGCGGUAAACAUCAGUUCAAAAACUAAUGAUUCUCCAGGAGAUGCUGCUGGAGAUCCUGCUGCUGAGGGAGGUCCUGUUCCUGAACCUGUCACUCCAGAGCCCUCCACCAAUGAUAUGGAACCAGAAGUGGACUUAAUUGUUCAAACAGAAUCAUCAAGUCCCGAAACAGAAUCAUCAAGUCCCGAAACAGAACCAUCGAGUCCUGAGGGAGAACCAUCUUUGCGGAGGUCAACCCGAGCAAGAAGACCACCAGAACGUUUACAGUACUCCCAACUCGGUCACCCGCUGUUGAAGAGUAUCCAGUUGUUGUUUCAUGGAUUGACCACUGCAUUUACACAUGCUCUUGAAGGGAUUGAGGAUGAUGAACACAUGACUGUUCCUGGUAUUAUCCAGCCAGCCAUCCAGACUCAACCUGGUCCAUGUACGGGGACGUGCAUGGGAUCAGGGGGGGAACAUGUAACCCACGUGACCGCCACGCCCCAACCACCUUCCCUUUAAGCCGUCCCUUUAACAGCUGGAACCUCAUGUGUAUUUCCGGGUUUUCCACUGUGCUGCUGCUCACUGUUGGUUGUGGCGUCGGUUGUUAACCAAACAAUCUCAAAUCUCCAAAUCGACUCAUCGCUGAACAAAUUCAUCCCUAAAAUUCGAGGAUCUGCGGUGAGUUAAGUACCAUCUGAACUUAACGUUGUAUCAGCCAUACUAGCGCCGCUAAUAUAUCCGCCGUAAUACUCACCAGGUUGGGCUUUGUUGAUGCCUGAUUUACCUUCUGAUGAGAACAAGUAACAUCCACUUCCUCAGACAAUCCGUUACUCGACGGUCAGGUUUUUUUUCCUCCCCCUUCAACGGAGGAUGGCGAGCUACCCACACACCACCUGGUGGUAGGAAAAGAGACACUUUCCACACAUGAAACAAAAUAAA